AAGAAAUCAUAGGCUGCAGUGGCUGCAACUGCUGCGCGUACCGUGCUCUGCCCUCGGCUCGGCCGGCGCGACCUCUCCUCCUCGACCCGCCUCACUUCUCGGCUUCCCCCGCCGCCGCCGCCGCGGCGGGACGCGGGCCCAGCGCCGGCGCGCGCCAUAGAAACCGCAAGAGCGAAGCGCGGCGAGAUCCGGAGCCCGCGCCGCUCGCCGCCAUGCAGCCGCCGAUCCUCCUCAACAUCGGGGGCAGCAGGUACGAGACGACGGCGGACACGCUCACGCAGCGGGAUCCCGGGUCGCUCCUCGCCGCCGCGCUCUCCGGCGCCGCCGCCCACGGCCUCCCCACCACCGAGGAUGGGGCCGUGUUCGUGGACCGCGACGGGGAGCUGUUCCGGCACGUGCUCAACUGGCUCAGGGACGGCGCCGUCCCCGCGCUCGCCGACGCCGAGUACCGGCAGCUGCUGCGGGAGGCGGAGUACUACCGGCUUCCUGGAUUGAUCGAUUGCAUAAGUGAAAGGAUUGAGGAUUGGGAUGAUAAGAUUGGAAGAUCUUCAGAGGCCGAGCUGACUCGCAAGGACGUGAUCAAGUGCAUCCAGGCUGAUAAAGUCCGGUUCCGAGGCGUCAACCUUUCUGGCCUUGACCUGUCCAAGCUUGACUUAUCGGAAGUUGAUUUCAGUUGCGGGUGUAUUGAGGAGACAAAAUUUUCCCUUGCCAAUCUUUACAAAGCUAAAUUUCGGGAGGUUCAAGCUUCUCGAUCUUCGUUCAAUUAUGCUAAUUUGCGUGAGUGUGAGUUUGUAGGAGCAAAUCUCCAAGAGUCUACUUUGGACAGAGCCAACCUACAAAGUGCAAACCUGCAAGAUGCAUGCUUGGUAAAAUGUAGCUUCAUUGAAACAGAUCUUCGUUCAGCACAUCUGCAGAGGGCAGACCUUACAGGUGCCAAUUUGACAGGAGCUAACCUUGAAGGAGCCAAUCUGAAGGGAGCUAAAUUGUCUGGUUCAAACUUGCAAGGUGCAAAUCUUCAGCGAGCUUACCUGCGGGAAGUUGAUUUACGUGAAACUCAAUUAACUGGUGCUAAGCUCGGUGGUGCAAAUCUGCUUGGAGCUAUCAGAUAGUACAACAGGGGAGUGUCCAUCUUCGUCGACAUUGUUUGCGCGUUGCUUGUUGGAAGAAACACUGAAUUACAGAUUUACAGUAGUUGCUGAAUCCUGUACAAUACUCCAUAUCAUCAGUCCACACCCCCGUGAGUUCCUGUCUAACAUCUCAGAACAUCUCAGUGAUUUCCGACAUCACUCUGGCUAGCAAGCAGUGAAAGUUCAGCGCAGAAAUUAUCAGCACAGUUAAUCAAUAUCCUGAGCUUCCCAAUUAUGCUUAUUACAGGGAUUUUAUUCCAUUAUU